AUGCGGCGGACGUUCGUGUGUCGUGGGGGGUUUCAGGCCCCGCGGAGGGCGGCGGAGGCGCACGACGUGCCGGGCGCGGUGGCUCCCCGCGCGGAGACGGCGGAGGACGGCCGCCCCGCCGCAUCGAAGGCGACGGCCGCACACAAACGCCCCCGCGUUGAGCCGUGGCCGCAAGACGCGCCUCCGGUGACGGCUGCACUGCCGCAGGCGCCGUCUUUUCCACCGGCCACGGCGGCUCCGCAGCUACGCGAGACGCAGGCCAAUGGGGCGGCGAUGGACACGCUUCUGUUUGAAAACGAGGAGGAACUCCAGCGGGAGGUGGAGGAAGAUCAGCGACUCUCCACGGAUCUUCCAUUCACGCCCAGCAAAACGGCGGCGGGUGCCAGCACACCGCCGUUUAUUUUUUCCCAGGCGACCUUGGAAGGCGGCGAGGCCGAGGAGGGGGAGACAAAUGUGCGUCCGGAUCCCGCGGAUGUUGUGCUGUUUCACAGUAACGGCGAUGCGCCGGCGGUGGUUUCCCCACCAACCACCAUCGUCGGCUCGGCACAGACGAAGGACGGCGGCGGUGGCGGCGUCUUUUACGAUCUUCCUCAGAGCGCACAACACUUCUUUACGAAUAGGCGAGGCAUCAAGCAACUGUAUCCGUGGCAGCACGAAGUUUUGAUGCGGGACGACGUGCGUGGCGGUGGGAGUUUGGUGUACAGUUUGCCGACGAGUGGUGGCAAAACCCUGGUGGCGGAGAUAUCGCUGCUGCGAUGUCUGCUGAAUCGACAAAAGUCAUGCUUCUUUGUCCUUCCCUUUGUUUCGUUGGCGGAGGAGAAGGCGGAAGGCCUGCGCCCCUUUGGCGACGCGUUGGGCUUUGCCGUCGACGGCCACUACGGCACACAAGGCAGGCUGCCCCUGCCGAAGCGCACCACUGUGUUUGUUUGCACCAUUGAGAAGGCAAAUUCGCUGCUUAACCACAUGCUGGAGGAGGGUUUGACGGAGGAGCUGGGGGCCGUGGUCGUGGAUGAGCUGCACAUGCUUGGGGAGUCUCACCGUGGUGCGACGCUGGAACUGUUUUUGUCUAAACUGCUUUGCUUGUCGCAUGCCGUGCAGCUUAUUGGGAUGAGUGCCACCAUCCCAAACCUGCCAAGUAUUGCGACGUGGCUACGCGCCGCCUGCUACUUGGGACAGUACCGCCCAAUCCCGCUGCGGCAGUACGCCGUCGUGGACGGCAUGGUGAUGGAGGAUGGGGAGCGGAAUGAGCGAAAUCUGCUGGCGGCCGGCUACGCGACGGAGCGGGAGCAGUUGCUGCUUCUAGCGACGGAGAUACAAGAGGGGUCGGUGUUGAUCUUUUGCGCGAGUCGUCAGCAAUGCGUUGACACCGCACGUCUCAUUGCCCAGCACCGCAAGGGCAUGAAGAGUGGAUUUCUUCCUGCAAGUGAGAUGACGCUUGGAGCCCUGCAGACAGAGCUUAGCUCCUUCGGGAACGAUGCCAACCUGCUUGGCCAGCUUCUCCCCCACGGGGUUGCGUUUCACCACGGCGGCUUACUUGGGGAGGAGCGCGAGUUAAUUGAGCGGGCGUAUCGCCAGCGUCACAUCAACGUUCUCUGUUGCACGUCCACGUUGGCAGCUGGAGUUAAUUUACCGGCACGACGCGUUAUCUUCAAGACUCCCUACGUGGGACGUGACUUUUUGACAAAAUCCCGCUAUUUGCAGAUGUGUGGACGUGCCGGUCGCGCCGGCCUGGACGAGUUUGGCGAGUCAUUUCUCCUCCUCUCCCGCAGAGACUGCCAGCGGGGGCAGGAGUUGAUGCGGAAGGAGGUGGAGGUGUGCGCGAGUCAAAUGCUGCUCCAGGCAAGUCUGUUUGAAAGGGCCCUGUUAGAGUGUGUGUCGGUGGGCGUCAUACGAUCGCCCGCCAACGCCCAAGCGUGGAUGGGAAACCUCCUCUGCCACCAUGCAACUGGACCCUUCGACGCGGUUUACGACGUCGCCUCAAAGCCGUUGCCGGUGGCGUUGGACGGAAUUCUGCAGUCGACCAUGGACCAGCUGAUUCGGAGUGGCUUGGUGCAGCGUGUUUCGUCGCGACCGGGGCCGGACGAGGGUGACUGUGCGGCCGCCACGCAGCGGCCUGGCGCGAGCGCCGAGGAGGAGGUUUCGUUGUCUGCGACUCCGUUUGGCGCCUGUUCCGUGCGGUCGUGCUUCAGCGUGGAGGAGGCCCUGCUGGUGCGCGAGGAACUGGAAAAUCUGCAGCGUACGGGGCUGAUUCUGGCAGAUGAUCUUCACCUGUGCUACUUUUUAACGCCGCUGCGGGAGAUUGGCGACUGUAACUGGUCGGCGUACCGCGACGUGCUCUCGCAGAUGGGCGAAAAUCGUCAGCGUAUUGCCCACAUGGUGGGCGUCGACGAGUUCUUCGUGCACCAGCGAGCCAUGGGGCUGGGGGACCCGUACGGAGGCAACGCCAGCAGAACGUUUGCCACGCGGCGCUUUUUUGUCGCCCUGAUGCUUGCCGACCUCCUCAGCGAGGUGCCGAUGUCAGUUGUGGAGGAGCGCUAUCAGUGCAACCGGGGGCAGCUGCAGAGCCUCAUGCGCAGUGCCUCCAUGUUUAGCAGCUCCAUCACCAGCUUCUGCCGGGCCAUGGAGUGGUUUUCGCUCGAGGCCGUGCUCGCGUCCUACGUGAAGCGGCUCGGCUUCGGGGUGAAGCCGGAUAUUGUGCCGCUGAUGGAGCUACGCGGCCUGCAGCCGGCACGGGCGCGGGCGUUGUGGGCGGCGGGCUUCAAGGACCCCGCGGCGGUUGCGGCGAGUAACCCGGAGGAGUUGCUGCGGCGCGUGAAGAGCGCGAACCCGGCCGAAAACAAGUCGGUGAAGUUCUUCACACUCCGCUCCGCCGUGCGCCUGAUACGCGAGGCGAACCUCCUGCUGCAGCAUCACAUUCGUGAGAAGAAGGGCGAACUGGUGGAGCUGACGCUGCGCUCGCGGGCCUCGCUCAGCUGA